AUGUGUAACUGGAUUUGCACCAUCGAGGUUUGCCCCACUUGCGACAGCAAGCAAAAGACCAGCUAUGAGGCUUUCCACUGUGAAUCCAAUUGCUAUCCUGUCCGCAAAAACGCUUUCUUUUGUAAAAACUACCGGAAACUCAACAACGAGACUAUAGCUGAUUCUCCAUGUAUCAAUUGCGAAGAACCGAUCUCCAUCUUCGAAGACUCGGGCUCAAGCGAGGUUGAUCAGAAGACGGAAAUGCGCAAUUCGACGAACACAAUCGGUAUGUCAAUGAAGAACAAAUCAAUUGGCGAGACAAGCGAGACUGUUGCAGUCGACGAUGUUUCAGAAGAUGAACGUGACUCAGAUGAUGGAAACAUGUCCGAUGUCUCAGAAGUUUCGGCUCUCUCAGACGAAGACGAUGAAGAUCACGACACAGUCAUGGAAGGUUUGACGGCAGGACAAAUUCAGUACGACGACGAUGACACGUUUGACGUGCAGAGAUUCUUUGGCGAUACAGACUUGGACGCAGAGGAAUCACCGUACUGGCCCAGAAUCGACAUGUUGAGAAGAGGGUAUGAUUAG